CACAGCACAGCAGAGCAGAGAGCAGAAGGACCGGUCCUUCGCGGCUGGAGGCGACGGACGGAGGGACAGGCGGCAUUUGAGGAGCCCCAACGGAGCGCCCAGGCUGUCACCCUCCCUCUCCUCCGGCCCUGACCCCCGGCAUCAACGCUGCCAUGGUUGGGUGCCCACGGGCGUCCGGCCGCCGCUGAUCUCCAGGCUCCCCCCGCGUCUAGAGCCCGGGCCGCGGGCCGAGCGGCGAAGGAUGAGGACCGUGGAGGAGUCGUCGGGCAACGUCCUCCACCGCCUCAUCCAGGAGCAGCUGAGGUACGGCAACCUGACGGAGAACCGCACGCUGCUGGCCAUCCAGCAGCAGGCCCUGCGCGGCGGCGGGGGCGGCGGCGGCGGUCCCCGCUCCUCCCUGGAGAGCCUCACCCAGGAAGAGAGCCAGAUGGUGGCCCAGUCGGCGAGGCAGGAGCCCCAGGGCCAGGAGCACCACGGCGACCACGUCUACCGAGAGAAUGCCCUUUACCGGCUCUACCCGCCGUCGAACAAGGGCGAGGAGCUGCCCACCUACGAAGAGGCCAAGGCCCACUCGCAGUACUAUGCCUCCCAGCGGGGGCCCCCGCCCGGGCCGGCCUGCCCCGGCCCCCUCUCCGAGCGGGGACAGCGGAGGGCCUGUGGGCCCGACAGCGGCCGACGCCAGGACGAGUCCCUGAAGGAACUGAAGCACGGGCACGUCAGGUCUCUGAGUGAGCGCCUCAUGCAGAUGACUUUGGAGAGGAACGGGGCCAAGGCGCCCAACCACAUGACUUCUUCCCACAGCUUCCCGCAGCUAUCUCGCCACCACCAAGCUGCGACCCCCAGGGGCCCCCAACCCGAAGGCCCGGAGCCGCGCGGACCCCCCCCAGAUUACCCCUACGGCACGCCGCCCCACGAGUCCUCCUCCCUCGGCUACCUGGGCGACCCCAGGCUCUGCUCCCGGGGAGGUCCGGAAUUCCAGUAUCCCGAAAUCAGGAUCCUUCAGUCCCAGAUGCCCCAGGUCUUUUUACAGCAUCCGCCGCCGCAGCCCCAUCAGGCAGCCGUGUCCAACAGUUCCUUGGGCUCUCUGACUCCAGCCGGGGUCGAGGCUCUGAUGACGGCACAGGCGGCGGCGGCUAAUAGCCGCCUGGCCCACCUGGUGCGGGAGAACGAGAGCCUGCAGAGAGAGAAUGAGAAGCUGCUCAGGGAGCUGGAGAACUUCAACGAGAAGGCAAGCCGGAUCCAGAAGCUGGAAACGGAAAUCCAGCGCAUCUCAGAGGCUUAUGAGAACCUGAUGAAGGCGUCCACCAAGCGGGAGACUCUGGAGAAGACGAUGAGGAACAAGAUGGAUGGGGAGAUGAGGCGGCUGCAGGAUUUCAAUCGGGACCUGAGAGAACGACUGGAAUCAGCCAACAGACGCCUGGCCAGCAAAGCGCCAGAGGCUCCGGAGGGCGGUCAGAGCCUAAUAGCCAAGCUUCUUGCUCAGAACUACGAGCAUCAGCAGGAGCAGGAGAAGCUGGAGCGGGAGAUCUCCUUGCUGCGGGGGUCCAACGAAGACCAGCGGCGGCGGGCAGAGCUGCUGGAACAGGCGCUGGGCAACUCCCAGAGCCGGGCGGCCAGGGCCGAAGACGAGCUGCGCAAGAAGAGGGCCUACGUGGAGAAGGUGGAGCGCCUUCAGCAGGCCCUGGCCCAGCUCCAGGCCGCCUGCGAGAAGCGGGAGCAGCUGGAACUACGGCUUCGCACCCGCCUGGAGCAGGAGCUGAAGACCCUGAGGGCUCAACAGAGGCAGAUGGGGGCACCUAGCAGCGGGUCCCCUGAGCUCAGCACCCCGAGGCUGCGUGAGCAGCUGAGGGAAAAGGAGGAGAAGAUCUUGGCCCUGGAGGCUGACAUGACCAAGUGGGAGCAGAAGUACCUGGAGGAGUGCACCAUGAAGCAGUUCGUCAUGGACGCGGCCGCCACGGCCGCUGCUCAGCGGGACACGACCCUGAUCACCCGCUCUCCGCACCAUUCCCCCAACAGUAGCUUGCACGAAGAGCUGCUCCUGGCCAACCACAAACACCAAGAGAUGGAGAACAGGUUAAAAGCUCUUCACGCUCAGAUCCUGGAAAAAGACGCUGUGAUCAAAGUGCUGCAGCAGCGCUCCCGAAGGGACCCAGGCAAGGUGGCUCAAGGCUCCCUGCGCCCAGCCAAGUCCGUGCCUUCCAUCUUUGCGGCCUCGGUGGCCCCAGGUUGGCAAAGCUCCCCUUCCGGGGAGCGGUCGGCGGAUGGAGCAUCGCCCCCGGCGAUGGCAGCGAGGGUCCCGACAGAGGAGAUGCCUGGAGGCCCCCUCCCCUCCCACACCAAACACGGGAGCAAAGAUGGCAGCACUCAGACAGAUGGCCUUGGCGAAGGCCCCGGCGGCCCGCAGGAGGCUGAGCCCCAGACGCUCCCGAAUGGCAGCGGCCCGGGAAUCGCCUCGCUUGAAUCUUCAGCCGCCCCUAGGAUCCGGGAUCUUUCUGACAUGGUGGAGAUUCUGAUCUGAGAGGGGCUCGGGCUAGACGACUCCCGCUCUCUUCCCUGAAAUCCUGUCCCCUUCCCCCGAGGCAUCGUCCACUGGAGCCCCCAAAGGAUGGUUGAGGCCUGGGCCACUUCUUGGGGAAUACUGGGCCCAGAAGCGUGGUGAAGCGGCAGUCUUCGGCCAUCCCGGCCAGGCACUGGAGCAGAGCUACUGCCACCCCCGACCUCCGACGAUGCCUCCGUCGCAGCCGAGACGGACCUCCAAGUCGCCGGUGAGGGCUGAGGACCUUUAGUCCCGCCCGCCAGGAGGGCGCGGCGUCCCUCUGGUGUGAACGGAGAUGCCGAGAGCCCAGCCAAGAGGCCGAGUCCCCACGGGAUUCUCAGCCUGCGACUUGGGGGGCCGGGGAGAGUGUUAGGAGAGGGGGGUCAGGUGCGGGGCCGGAGGACGGAGAUGUGACUGGAAGAAGCGGCUGGUCAUUUCCCAUGGAGAUCACCCCUUUGUUCCCAAGGCCUCAAGUUCCCAUUGCCGAAGUCAACCAUGGAUCCGCUGACUGUGCCAGAGUUUAAUUCCCCUUUCCUCCUCAUUCCUCUCCCACACACUCUCCUGCCCUGUGGCUGAAACCCUGGGAAUGUGUCCCUUAACCCACUCCCACACCCCAGUCGGGUUGCGUGUGUACCUGUAGGUUAGGUUCAGACCGCGGCCUGUUAUUUUAUUUGUACAUAAUUCUAUGUUUUAUGAGACAGAGACAAAAUGGACAUUGGCCAUUUCAAUUCCUUUCCAGUCUGCAUCGUCUCUCCUGACUCCGACUCCAUUGCCGGUGUAAUUUUCCGGGACUCUCCCUUCAAUGCCCUGACUCCCUAGUGUUCUCUGUUAACUCUGUUCCGAGUGUUUGCCUUCUGUUCUCUUCCUCCAUUUUGUAUCCUGUUUGUCUUAAACUUGAAAUAUCCGCCUGGAGAGCCCUCCGGAUUCCAUCGCCUUUUGGACGGUCUCCCACGAUUUCUCUCCCUGGAAUUUCCCUUCUGUCCGUUUGGUGGCAAACCAUGAGCCAAAUGGGGUGUGGCUUAUCCCCUCCUCCUCCAGCUUCUCCAGUGAGACACGAGAAGCACUUUGUUCGUAUGGACGUGUUUUUUUCCCGGCGUGGUGGCGUCAGGGAAGAGAGACUCCGCUGACAACAUAAAGGAGAAUGGAGUAGAGGUUUGGGUUCAGGUGAGUGAGGCUAAAAGAACCCGCCUCUAAAUAGAAGCAGUAUUUUUGCAAGCAAUAUAUCGAUUUUGUUAGCUGGCUGCAGGUUUUGCCCCUCACCUGGGAGGAAGAGCAAAAGACAAGGAUGUAUUUUAGUUGGAAUUCUCCUGGCUACUGGCAGCUGGCUUCUGGCAGUAGUGGAUUUUGACUUUAAUAAAAGUCACCCUGUUCAUUCUACAGAACAGAUGGCGUGCCGUAGUGCUUUGUUUUCAGUUGUCUCCUUUUUGUUCUUUGCCUCAUUUUUAGAUGAUAUAUAUAUAUUUUUUUCUGAUUCCUUUAAUUUACUUCCUUAGACAUCAGUGCAUUUGCCGGACAAAAUGCACUUUCUAGUUCUCCCCUUCCACCCCUCCCACAGACCAUUAAAAAUGCAUUUAGUUCCUGUGCAUUGUUUACAAAGCAGAAAAAAAAAAAACAAAAAGCAAAAAAUAUCGUGAAAGAGGAAAAAACAACUUAAUAUAUUUUGGAUUAAUAUUGGUAUUUCUUUUUAAAGUAUUUUUUUUCGUGCUGUGAAACUUUCUGCCAAAGACAAUGAGUUUUUUUCGUUUGUAUGUUUAAAUUAUCAUACAUAUUUAAAUGUAAACUGGGCUAUUUUGUUAUGCCACCCUGUACCAGGAUUGCUGUAGCAUUCCACUCGGUAUAACAGUAUUUUAAUAAAAAAAAAAUG